ACAGUCAAAUUCGUACAAGCAGAAAGUCAAAUUCGUACAAGCAGACAGUCAAAUUCGUACAAGUAGAAAGUCAAAUUCGUACAAGCAGAAAGUCAAAUUCGUACAAGCAGACAGUCAAAUUUGUACAAGCAGACAGUCAAAUUC